ACUCCAAGUUGAAUAAGCAGUUAAAAAUGGAGUGGAUGGAUUGGUGGAUGGAUCAAAAAUAAAGGAAGUCUUCAGUUGCAGGUGUCUCACCUGUAGGCUCCUUUUAGACCUGAAGAACCAAAAGGUGCCAGGCACACUUGACACAUGGGAAAACUUAGAAGGAGUGCUAGAGCAAACUAUGAUAACAUAAAAAGGAUUGUCUGUGACAAGAAAAAUCCCAGAUUCUCCGCUAACUGUAAAUAAUGUGGUUUCUAAAACGAGGCUGGUGGCUACAACUAUUGCAGUUCAUCGCUGUACUGGGAUUGCUAUGGAUGCUUUCCCUACUUAUUCCACUGAAAACAGCUAGACGUCCUGCCUACAUCCUCAGGUAUCAAUGGCUAGAAUACACCAAUAAUGAUGAGAGCCCAGAGAAAGUUUGCAACUGCACAGGGAUCCUGCAGGGAGAGAAGGAGGCAUUACUGAAAGCAAAAUUACUGACCAUCACCAAAGACUUCCAGAAGAUUAUUCAGAUCCCUGAUGAGUAUUAUAUAAAUGCAACCCAAGACUGCAGGAAAUUCCAAACAAGCAGGAAAUACAUAACAUUCCCAUUAAGCAAGGAAGAAGAGGAGUUUCCUCUGGCUUACUCUAUGGUUGUACAUCACAAGGUGCAGAACUUUGAGCGACUACUGCGAGCUAUCUACACACCUCAAAAUAUUUAUUGUGUCCAUGUAGACAAAAAAGCACCAGCCUCAGUCUUUGCUGCCAUCAAGGCCAUUACUUCCUGUUUCCCAAAUGUGUUCAUGGUCAGCAAGGCUGUGAAUGUGGUCUACGCUGGAUGGACACGUGUACAGGCUGAUCUUAACUGCAUGGCUGAUCUCUAUAACACCAGUACGACAUGGAAAUACUUCAUCAACCUCUGUGGUCAGGAUUUCCCUCUAAAAACUAAUUUGGAAAUUGUGCAAGCUUUGCGUUCACUAAAAGGAGGUAACAGUUUGGAGUCGGAGGAAAUGCCUCAAGGAAAGAAAAAGCGGGUGACAAAUGCUUACCAAGUAGUUGGUGGAAAAGCCCAGCGAACAGGAAAAACAAAGGAUCCAACUCCCUUCAAUCUGCCCAUACUAUCAGGAAAUGCCUACAUUGUGGUCAACCGAGGUUAUGUUCGCAGUGUUUUGGAAGACAAGCGAAUACAGGCCCUCAUUGAGUGGGCCAAAGACACCUACAGUCCUGAUGAGUUUCUGUGGGCAACAAUACAGCGAAUACCUGGUGUUCCUGGCUCAACGUGGCCCAACCGUAAAUUUGACAUGACAGACAUCAACGCCAUUGCACGGAUGGUGAAGUGGCAGUGGCACGAGGGGUCAGAGGAUUCUGUGCAAGCAGUAUACCCAGAAUGUAAAGGCCACCAUGUCAGAUCAAUAUGUGUGUAUGGUGCUGGAGACCUGCAGUGGCUGAUUGAACAGCAUCACCUUUUUGCCAAUAAGUUUGAUGCAGACAGAGAUCCCAUUGCUAUCUACUGCUUGGAGAAAUAUCUGAGACACAAGGCACUGAUAGAGUUAGUUUAGGUGGAGAGUUAAUUAUCUAUUAUAAAAGACAAUUCUAAUAGAUAAUAAAACUAUGAAUAAAUGAAGAAAUGUUACUAAUCUAGCAUGGCAUGUGAAAGCUUCAUGACCCAAUGGAAAAACUCCUUGUGG